GAGGAGCACUUCCCGUUAAGAAACGCGGUAAAACGCUAUUCCGGUUUCCAACAGAAGGAGGGCAGCAGCAUGGCAUCCAGCAGCGAAAACAUGGCUAAUGUUAAUGGACGAGAGAACGGGGAGCCGGUGGUCAAGCGGCCACGAGAGAACGUCACGCCGGAGUCGCCGCUGCGUUCCCAGAAGGAACCUGCCAACAAAGUGACCGUGGUGCUCGGAGCCCAAUGGGGGGACGAGGGCAAAGGAAAAGUUGUGGACUUGCUGGCAAUGGAUGCGGAUAUCGUGUGCAGGUGUCAGGGUGGCAACAAUGCAGGUCACACUGUGGUCGUGGACUCUGUGGAGUACGACUUUCACUUGCUGCCCAGCGGUGUCCUCAACAAGAAGGCCAUCUCCUUUAUAGGCAAUGGAGUGGUCGUACACCUCCCAGGGCUGUUUGCAGAGGCGCAAUCUAACCUGAAAAAAGGCAAAGGAUUACAAGGAUGGGAAGAAAGACUCAAGAUUUCGGAUCGUGCUCACAUUGUGUUCAACUUCCAUCAGGCCGUCGAUGGCAUUCAGGAGCAGCAGCGGCAGCAGCAAGAAGGGAAAAAUUUGGGAACAACCAAAAAGGGAAUAGGCCCCGCCUACUCCUCCAAAGCUGCUCGGAAUGGCCUGCGAGUCUGUGACCUUGUCUCCGAUUUCAAAGUCUUUGAGGACAAGUUCCGUAUGUUAGCAGAGCAUUUCCUGGCAAUGUAUCCAAAUCUCAAUGUGGACAUUGAAGGUGAACUGGAGCAGUUAAAGGCAUAUGCAGAGCGACUGCGCCCUCUGGUGACAGACGGCGUAUACUUCAUGCAUAAAGCGCUUACUGGACCAAGUAAGAAAAUCCUGGUGGAGGGAGCAAACGCAGCGCUGUUGGAUAUUGACUUUGGCACGUAUCCCUUUGUGACGUCGUCGAACUGCACCGUCGGAGGAGUGUGCACCGGACUUGGCGUGCCCCCGUCACACGUUGGCAGAGUGUACGGCGUCGUCAAAGCCUACACGACCCGUGUGGGCGUCGGUGCUUUCCCAACAGAACAGGAUAACGGGACGGGGGCGCUUUUACAGUCGCGAGGUCACGAAGUAGGCGUGACAACUGGCAGAAAGCGACGUUGCGGCUGGCUGGACUUGAUACUGGUCCGAUACGCUCACAUGGUCAACGGCUUCUCGGCCAUUGCUCUGACCAAACUGGACAUUUUGGACACUCUGACGGAGAUCAAAGUGGGAGUGGCCUAUAAUGUUGAUGGAGAACCUCUGCCAAGUUUCCCAGCUAACAUGGACGUUCUGACGCGCGUCACCGUGGAGUACAAGACCUUCCCCGGGUGGUGCCGCAGCACCGAGGCGGCUCGCAGCUUUGCCGAGCUGCCGUCGCAGGCGCAGAACUACAUUCGCUUCAUUGAGGACUUCCUGCAAGUGCCAGUGAAGUGGGUUGGAGUGGGAAAGUCCAGAGAGAGCAUGAUCAAACUGUACUGAUCCGGCCACACCUGCCGUCUUCCAAACUUGCGGCCAAGACGACGGCACUUUCCCAUCGUGUCAAACGUAAACUCCAUCGUAAUGGAAAUACUUCACCAGCAAAGAUGUUUUUGAAACGUUUCUGCCUCGCAGUUACCAGUAACCUUUCACAAGCCAACUUGUCCUUUCCAGCUGAUGCUUUGUGUUUUUAGGGUGUCAAGCUUCAAAAUUGCGUAUUUAUUGUACGCAUUGUUCCUUUCCACAGUGAAAUUUGUUUUUUGUUUUUUUUUAUGAUUUUGAAGCUUUUGGAGCUGUGUCUGUUUACCUUUUAACAAUUAUUUCCACAUAUUUACUGGGUCGUUAAAGAGAAUUAAGCCUUUUAAACUGGGUGGCAUAAUAGAUUAAUAUUGUUUUACAAUCUCUGCUAUGAAAUGGCAACUUGAACGCCAUUAUUAUACAAUAGCUUUGCUUGAACAGUUUUAAAUCCAUUUCACUUGUUUGUGACUGUGAUUGUUGGAGUGAAUAUUGUGCUUUUGUAAAUCAUCCUUAAUACAAAAAAAAAAAAAAAAAAGGGA